UGGAAUGGUAGUCAAAAGAAGGUGUGUCCACACAGGCAGGUAUGACUUUGUUCAAACCUGCUCGCCAGGUCUGCUGCCUCAGCCAGUUAGUACAACGUAGCUUCAUUUAGGAUACGGGAACAUUCCUGAGCUGUGCACUUCUCAAUCUUUCUCUAUUUUCUUGCCAGUAUUUAAAUUGUGUGUAAGAAUUAACUGCAGACUGCAGAUAUGUCAGUGAUAUUGUUUUAUUCCAGUGUGAGCGGUUCUACUACGAUGAAAAAAAAUCAAGAAAGGAUCAUGUCUGUCCUGACGUCCAAGGACAUCCCAUUCAAAGCAGUGGACAUUGCUCAGAAUUCUGAAGACAAGGACUUAAUGAGGAAGAGGGCAGGCAAUUCAAAGGCACUGCCUCCACAGAUAUGCAAUGGAGAUGUAUACUGCGGAGACUAUGAUGCAUUUGAGAAUGCAAUUGAGAUGGAGAAAUUAGAGGAGUUCCUCAAACUCUAAAGAAGACAGUGGCCAGUAAUGUAGGACCAACAUCCCAGUGUUUAAUGGACAAAAAAAUAUUGAUAAUUUGAUUAUGUGACGAGAGAUGCCUUCAUGUUCAAAUGUUUGAUGUAAAAGAGUAGAAAAUAAGUUCUCACUGUCAAAGAUUCUUCUGAUUGAGAUGCCAUGAGAAGUUAUGUGGGUUUCUUCCAGUGGAUCUUCUACUACUUAAAUAA